UGUACGUUGGCCUGUUUGUUCAUUAUUGUCUGGAAAGAUGGGCGACAGCUUCCCACAAGGAGAUGAACGGUCGCGCGCCCGAAAUUCGGGUGUGUAUAACGAUGGCAUGGAUGUGAACGAUAUCCGUGAAGGUCACCCCCACAGAAAGAAAGAAACACGGUUGGAAGUCCUGGCUGGAGAUAGGGAUGGCGCCCCACCAAAAGACGAACCUCACACGAGGAGGAAAUUGUUCGUCUGCUUGGCGCUUUUCAUUUUGACUGUCAGUGCCAUUCUACUGAUCUCUGGGCUAGCCAUCUUCCUGGUAUCGAGCUUCGCAGGCACCUCAACCUUUCAGACACCAGAGGCAACUUUGCAUAUGUUCAAUGGCUCCACCGCGACUUUAUCAACAACGUCUGAUCCUGAUCCAUCAGCUGCUUCAACAACUCAUCGCAACGUAUCUUCGUCCAUGCAACCACUUGCAACUGAUUUUCCCAUCGAUUCAAUUAGUGAAUUCGCCACAACACUACCUCCACCACCAGAUCAGCCUUCGCUCACGUUGACCGCAGAAAUAUUAACAGAUCCACCCAUUCAUCCACAAACUACAAGUAAUUCACUGAAUAGUGAGACACCUCUCUCAGUAUCGCCUACGCAACGUGGGCCCUGUAUGCAUACCGAGUUCGCUUGCCUGUCUGAUGAUCUAUGCAUUCUGGCCAUCAAUGUCUGUGAUGAAAUCCAGCACUGUGAUGAUAACUCCGAUGAAAACAACUGCUUCAACGGCCCAGUCUGUCAAGGGAGGCGAUACAAUUUCAGCUUAGACUUCAACCAACUCGUUACGAUCACAUCUCCACGAUUCCCGUUCACAUACACGCCCUACGAGGACUGCCGAUGGUUUAUCUCUGGCCCUUCCGGCACCAGCUGUGUCUUCGACGUCGUGCACUUUGACGUCCCGGUUCCAGAUGCAGUUGGGAUUUUCGAAGUAGAGAAUGGGUCCAGACGAUUGGUGAUCUGGAUGCACGAGAGUUUGGGCCAGGGAUUACGGAUGGCAUUCGAGAGUCAUGAACUCGAGGUGGUUUUCUUGAGCCAUUUUCACACACAUGGCACAGGCUUCAACUUUAGUAUGCGUGCUGUUAACAAAAACGAUUAUAUCAAAUGCGAUGCUGCUCCGUAUGUAUACAUGGUGGAAGAUGCUUGUGACGGUUUUAGGAAUUGUCCCGAUGACACCGACGAGAAAGAAUGUGAAUGCGACCAGGAAGAAUUUCGUUGCAACAGUGGAGUUUGUGUGGGCGGAUCGGAUACAUUGUGCAAUGGUCUUGCGGAGUGUAGGGACUUCUCAGAUGAAGGAACUGAAUGCAAUGAACUCUACUGCACUGGCAUUAGCCACUCGGCCUGCGCUGGCGUUUUGCCGUACAACAGGACGUACUUUCCGAAUGAUCAUGUUGACACCUUGGAAGAUGCCUUUGCCAAGUAUGCCGCCCUGGAGCCGUACUUACACCUUAAUAACUGCACUGCACCGGUUAGACUGGCUGCCUGUAUGCUUCUCUUUCCCGAAUGUCCGCGGUUAAACCCAACAGCGACGGUGUGCGGACACUUCUGCGAGGAAAAAGUGCUGGUCUGUUUUGCUCCCAUCGUGACUGUGGAUAUGUUUUCGUGUGAUUUGUUGCCUAAUGGAGAGCUGGGUGAAAGCACUACUUGUGUCUUCAACGAAGAAGACUUAUUACACACCGGAACCUGCGGAACUAGACCAGGUGUGUCGUCACAAAACAAUCCACUAUCUCGAAUCGUAGGAGGGGUGGAUACCAACAUUGAAACCUGGCCUUGGAUUGGAUCUUUACGCGAUGAAUAUUCAGAGCAUAGAUGUGGGGCGACGCUGAUAACUAAUCGAUGGGCGGUUACAGCGGCACAUUGCUUAGGCUCCGUCCACCACAUCGUGUUGGGAUCAACAAAUUUCCACGGAAACCCAGCCAGUCGCCGAGAAAUUAUGGUGGAAACAGUGUUCCCGCAUCCCUUCUACGAUCCGGUAAAUCUGGACAACGACAUAGCUCUCGUGAAGUUGGAAUCUCCCGUUAAAUUCAGCGGCGCAAUACGACCAGCCUGUCUAAACACUGAACAAAAUGAGACGCUUGUCUUCGAUACAUGCUACAUUGCUGGCUGGGGGCACACCAGUGCUGGAGGUGCUGUGUCGUAUGACCUGCAAGAGGCCAGGUUACCUUUAGUGCCUCAAGAUAUUUGUCAGGACCAGUCUAACAGUCCUCAUCUUGUUUCGAAGAAUCAGUUGUGUGCUGGAGUUACCGAAGGAGGCAUCGACACCUGUCAGGGUGAUAGUGGAGGACCUUUGAUGUGUCUUAGUGUCGGUAAUCGAUGGAAGCUGGUAGGGAUAACGAGCAGCGGGAGUGCCGAGUGUGGAGCGCCGGAGUCUCCGGGUAUCUACACCAGGGUUUCAAAGUACCUGGAUUUCUUGCGGCAAACCAUCGCAGCUGUUGGAUUCAAUAAUCUUACUGUCCCACAGGCAUGAGACAUUUCACAGGUGUCCUUCUUGUUGUGUAUCGUCUAAUUGGCAGAGAGCAUCACAGAUAUCGGCGGUAUAUUUCCACCAACACCUUAGCCUUUAGGUCGCUUUGAGUGAUCUCUGGACCGAGGAGGAACCCGAACUUGGGCUAGAGUCGAGACCCCAACCGGUUUCAGACUUUAUCCUCAAACUGAAGGUUAGGCCUGGGGAAACAACCACACCGCCACAGGUAUAUAGUUUCACUGACGGAAGUGAAAAUAACCAGAUUUUUAGUUAAGAUGGAAUUUGUAAAGUUUGAAUCGUAAUAAGGGAAGUUUUUACUUUGUGUAUUUAUUGUCCCUUCAAUCUGUUCAGGUCAUCUUUAACUAGGCCUAUUUCAUGUUAAAUAUAUGUAUCUAUAAUUGUCGAGCUGUUUUCUUAUAGUGCUUUAACAAGAACUUACACAAGCCGAAAAAAUGAAACAAAUUUUG